AUGACGAGGGAGUGGCCAAGAAACAGAGGGUGGAAACCCCUCCAACAGAACUACGUCAACAGUUCAUCAAGGUUGUUGUUGGCUAAAGACGAUGUGAAGAAAUACGUUCUGCCAUUGAUGGAUGAGGAGAGGUGCGCAACUUGUCAAAGCAGGGAAGGAUUAAGAGUCAAAAUCUGGGAUUUGGACACCUUUUCUGAGCAUGAGCUUAGCCUGAAGCAAUGGAAGACUCGCAGCUUUCUGCUCACAAGCAACUGGUCUAUGGAGUUUGUGAAGAGAAGGAAUUUGCAGGAAGGUGACUGCAUUGGGUUGCUAUGGGACACUCAACAUCUAAGGUUCUUCUUCCAGAAGUUCAAUACCCAGUCUUAG